AUGGUGCGGCCUCCAGGAAAAGCUGCGAGGUGCUGGGGACUUCUCCUCGUUGCAGUGCUGUGCAAUCUGCAGGCCUUUGUGGGUGUGACCAAGAGUCCCUCAAGGCCACGAGUGGCAGCUGCGGCAGAGCGCACAGUGGCAGAGGACAAGGAGAUCUCCGACAAGCUGGAUGAGGUCUUGAGGAAAAAAUUGAAAAAUGAGGACGGCACGGAGAAGAGUGGCCUGAGCGAAUCAGCACGAAAGGCUGUGGACAAAGUGGCAGGUGUGAAGAGAAGGCAGCUUAAGGCACCCAAGAAGAAGUCCAGAUCGAUUGUGAAGAAAAGCUUGGACGAGGUGCUGAAGUCCGCCAGCGAGGAUGAUGACAAGGGAAAUUACCUGCCAGCGAAGCGAGAUGUCUACAAGGAGGUCGGCAUCACAAGGACGGAGGUGGAACGUUAUUGGAAGAGAAGGGAUGAAAGCAGCAAGAACUUCGUGGACAAAUUCGUUGGUCCUUACUAUGUGAUUUUCCCCAUCCUGCUGCUCAUUGUGGCGUAUUUGAUCUACGACUCUUUCGUGAAUCCGCAAGAGUUCGUGACAGCCUCCAUGACAGGUGUUCAGCAGAAAAAGGAGUGCGCCCAAUGCGGGUCCAAUGCGCACAUGAAAAAUUGGAGGAUGUUCACCAAAAGCAAAGAGGUACCCAAGAAUUCGUUCCAAAAGGCUGUCGAUGUUCUCCCGGGAAAGACUGCCGAUGGCCUUCGAACGGUCUUGGUCUACGGGAAGAAAUUUGAGGUGUGUGAAAAGUCCCUGUUCAUCUUCAGCAUUGAUAAGACCAUCCGGCAGCAGGUCCUGCAGCUGGUGUGCUGGGUGUGGUUUGACCGAAUUAUCCUGCUGCUCAUUGCGCUGAAUUCCAUAGGCCUGGCCAUCGUGGACUGGCGAGCGUCUGCUGAUGUAGGUUUCAAUGGCUUUUACAACAACGUCCUGGAUGUAUGGCUAACGCUUUUCUUCACCCUCGAGGCAAUGCUGAAGGUCAUUGCAUGGGGCUUCUUUUGGGACAGGAACUCCUACCUGAGAGAUGCCUGGAAUUGGCUGGACUUUGUGGUAGUUCUCACCGCCUGGGCGAGUUUUGUACCUGGUGGAGCUGCAGAUGGUCUUGGCUUCUUCCGCGUCUUCCGCGCGCUUCGACCCUUGCGCUCGCUCAAUGCGGUGCCGCAGAUGAAGGUCCUAGUCAACACGGUUAUUAGCUCAGUCCCCAAGCUGGGGAAUGUGUCCGCAGUGGGCGCUUUCCUCUUCUUGGUUUUUGGCAUCAUAGGCGUCACUCUCAUGAGUGGCACCUUCAAUCGCCUCUGUCACGUGGAUCCCAAACCCGUGCUGUUGUUUACCAACAACUCUGGUGUGCAGUGCUGGUCCUGGCCCUACGCUGCCGACGACCGACUUUGCGGCGGCGCCUACAACUGCGAAGCCUCAGGAGGCUAUUGCGGCGGCCUUGAAGAGGACAUGAGACCCGAGCUCCGACCAGACUUCGGGGACGCGGGCAGGCUGGGGCUUCAAUGGUGUGCUGGCAGCGAGCCACGAAAGCUUACACCAGAUGCUGACUACAUGAACUUUGACAACAUUAUUUGGGCCCUUCUGGUGGUCUUUCAGUGUAUGACCAUGGAAGGCUGGACCGAUAUCAUGUACAGAGUGCAGGAUAGCUAUGACUUCAUUGCCGCAACUGCAUACUUCUUCCUCUUGAUUCCACUCACCUCGUUCUUCCUGCUGAACGUGGCUCUGGCCGUGGUUGAUGAGGCCCGAGACGAUUUCGAAAAGAAGGAGGAGGGGAAAGAGGACGAGGAUGUCGCAGGUUCGGAAGAAGCGCUGCAAAAAUCUCUCCUUGGUGAAGAUGAUGAUAUGGAUCUAGAUGAGAAGCCCGCAUGGUGCGACUGCGCUUUGGUGCACACCUGUCGGCAGAUCGCCUUCAGCGAUUGGUUCAUGAAUGUCAUCAUGCUUUUUAUCGUCAGCAAUGUCAUAACGAUGAUGAUGGAAAGCUUUCCACCACCACGUGGUCAACAGGACGUUCUAGACGUGCUUGAAAUGACCUUCCUGGUGGUCUUCUGUGGCGAGAUGGCAGUGCUACUGAUGGCACUCGGCGCGGUGGCCAAGCGGUGGAAGCCAGCCGAUUCACUGCAGAAAACGAGGUACUUCACCAACCCAGUCACCGCAUUCGAUGGCACCAUCGUGAUAACCUCCGUGGUGCAGGCGUGUGUGGGACAAGCUGGGCCGCUGACGGCGCUCAGAACGCUGCGGCUCUUUAGAGUCCUGAACAAAUUGGCGAAUCGCUGGCCUUCCUUCAAAGUGCUGUUGAAGGCCAUGGUGCUUACGGCCAUCUCUUUGAACUACUGGCUCAUCCUCUUUGCGCUGGUGCUGUACAUUUGCACCCUGAUGGCACAGACCUUUUUCGCCACGGAGUUUCACUUCAACGACCCCGACAAUUUCGACUUCGUCACCAACCGCGGGGACUUCUGGUGUGCAGGAACCGAGGGCUUAGACAUCAGCUAUCGCCAGGAUUGCAUUCCUCGCGCAAACUUUGAUACGUUUCUCUGGGCUUUGGUCACCAUCUUCCAGAUCAUGACAGGAGAGAAUUGGAAUACAGUGAUGUAUGCUGGCAUGCGUUCCGGUGGUCCGGGCUUUUGCCUCCUCUUCGUGCUUCUGAUCAUGUUUGGGCAGACCCUUUUCCUCAGUCUGUUCUUGUCGAUGCUGAUGUCCAAGUUCGACCACGUUAGGGAUUCGCUGAACCAGGAGAUCGAUCGUCAACAUACGGCGAUGAAGUUGCGAAAGAAGUCGCUGGAUUCGCCGUGCCUCACGGAAGAUCUGUCAGGUGGCCACAGCAGGAGUCGCCUUCUGCUUCCAGCGAGAUCCUUCUUUCGGACCUUCACCAGCUUCAAGACGUCCUUGGAGCAGAGGCAGGCCUGGCCAGCGGGCUAUGCGUUGUUCGUCUUCUCCAAGGAUAACCCCGUGAGAAAACUCUGCAGGUCAAUCCUGAAAUUUGAGGUAGACGUUGGCAAAGGCCACAAGACCAAGGUGUUUGACAACAUCAUCCUGCUGUGUAUCUUGAUUUCGACAGUUUGCAUGGCGGCAGAUUCGCCUCUGGCGAACCCACAGGAUCUUUCCACGCAGAUCAUUCGGGCUGCGGACGAAGUCUUCGCUGUGAUCUUCAUUGCCGAAAUGGUCAUCAAGUUGAUUGCUCUGGGGCUGAUCUGGGGUCGUGAUGCGUAUUUGAAGAGCUAUUGGAAUUGGCUCGAUGGCAUUGUCGUGAUGGUGUCCAUCAUCAACAUGGUGAGCUCGAGCCAGACGGGCUUUCUGAAGACCCUGCGCAUCCUACGUGCCUUUCGGCCCUUGAGGGUGAUCUCUCGUAACGAAAAUCUGAAGAUUGUGGUCACCACUAUUUUUGCCUCCAUGCUGAAGACUCAGCGCAACUCGAGCCAUGACCAAUUUGCAGACGGCCUGGCCCUGUUGAGUGUUUUUGACAUCUCCUUUCUGCUGGUUGUGAUGUAUCCCUUGGCGAUGAAGCCUGAGAAAAUGGGGGCCGCCUUUGCUGACGCUGGUGAUCGUGGCGAUGCCUCCGCCUUAGACAUCGGAGGCACUUUCUACACCUGUGACCUCGCUACGUCGCCGGCUCUGAUGCGCGAGAUGGGAAAGGACUUUACCACUCCACUCUGUAUGCCUGAUUCCAUCGAUCAAGCUGCUGUGUCGGGUGGAUUGAUGCAUGGAAGCUUUGAUCCUCUGCUGUCCACUUGGGUUGGCAACAACAGCGGAUGUCCGGCCUCUCACAACAUCUCCUAUGUUCGGCCGACCUCAGACACGCCAAUUUGCAUCGGCAGAUGUUUGCCGCAGGGCUACUCGCAGUACAUGCAACCGGAGUGGCUGUGUCCGAAGGGCCUCACCAUGACGGAAGAGUUGCCUGCCGCCUGUCCGGCCUCGGUGGAGAGGAACAUCUCCGCAGCCGAGCAAAGAGGUUUGGACUACGUCGAUGCAAUGACUCGUCAAUUGGUGCUGCCCUGUGGUGGUAGCAUGGUGGACGCGAACGGUCAAGUGGUCAUGACUGGAAAGAACAUGAGCUGUGCCGACCUCUUCUGUGGGGAGGUGGACCAGGAAACGAAGUGGAGAUGUAGCGCCGCCUGUAAGUCGGCCCCCUACUUCUGUGUGGACGCUUGCGGACCUGGCUUGGAGGGCAGUGCCCAGUGCGAGAGCUGCCUCAUGGAGUGUGAGGCGCAGUGCAGGUGCCCCGAGUUCUGCGAGGGUCUCAUCCGUGACGCCGCGCUGUGCCUGGAGCAGGGCUCCAGGUGGUUGCCGACCAUCAGCCAGAGCUUUGACAACAUUUGGUAUGCCAUGCUGACUCUCUUCGAGAUUUCCACCACGGAGGGCUGGGUCGAUGUCAUGUACUCUGCGGCCGAUUCCAUGGGGCCCUACGUGCAACCCAAGAGGGAUGCCAACGAGACGCCUUUGCCUGAGAUCAGCCAAGCCCUCCGCACGGAACCUCGGGAACCCCAAGCAACGUUGCCUCGAGGUUAUGGGUUCAUCGUGAACUUGAGCGUGGGCGUCAUUGUGGACAAGUUUAUGGAGAUGAAGCCGACCAGCAACAACGUCGCUUUGACUGAGCCGCAGAAGAAUUGGAUCAACUGCAUCACCAGCCUCUAUGCCAGGCGGCAGAUUGUGAACAUGACGGAUUUGCAUGAGAAGCCAGCGUGCAGACGUCAAGUCUACUACUUCGUAUCGAGUCCGGCCUUUGAAACGUUCAUCAUGGGCGCCAUUGUGGUGAACACGCUUUUCCUAGCUGCCAAGAUCACGCCCACCCCCUUCGUGUGGUUCGAUUCCUUCCUGGAAAUCGUGAACUACGUCUUUGCGGGCAUUUUUACUGUGGAGUGCGUCUUGAAGCUCUUUGCGUUGCAUGGGAACUACUGGGGUGAUCGCUGGAACAUCUUCGAUUUCAGCUGUGUGGUGGCCACUCUAGCUGGCAUCAUCAUCAGCAAAGCGUCGAACGUUCGCAUUGAUCCCAUCAUCCAGGUGAUUCGCAUCUUCCGCGUUGCUCGACUCUUCCGAUUGUUGCGAUUUCUGAAGGGCCUGAACAAAAUCUUCAUGGCGCUGCUGAUGUCCUUACCGAAGCUGAUGAAUGUCUUGCUGAUUCUCCUCUUGUUGUUGAUCCUCUACAGCAUUCUGGGCGUGAGCUUGUUUGCCACCACAAAGCUGGGAGACACCCUCAAUGUGCACGCGAACUUCCAGAAUUUCAUCGUGGCCUUCAUCACACUCUUCCGGGCUUCGACUGGCGAGGCAUGGAACGAGAUCAUGCACGAAUUAGCAAUUUCUCAGGUCGUCACCUAUAGACAGGGUGACUGGUGCUCGCCCACCGACCUCUUUGACACGGACAGGAAGUAUGAGGUGCUCAAAGAGAAGUGCCUCAUUGACAACCCAAACAGCUGCGCCCAAAACCCAUAUUUCUCGUUCAUCUUCUGGGUGACCUACACCUUGCUCAUCACCUUCAUGGUGAUGAACUUGGUCAUUGCCGUCAUUUUGGAAGGCUACGAGGAUGGAAAGGAGAGCCCAGCCUCUGAAGUCGUGGACGUCUGCGUGAAGUUGUGGUUGAAGCAUGACCCUGAUCAUCGCAUGUCGUUGCCUCUGGGCCAAGCUUUGAAUUUCAUCAACAAAGCAUUGCGUGAAGUCGAGGGACAGGGCAAUGAUCCAGUACCUGCAGGUGGUCCCAAUUCCUUUAGUGCACUGCAGUCUCUGCCCAUGAAGUAUGUGGCUGCGCUAGACGUGCAGGUGGGUGAGAACGGCCGCGUGCAUUUCAUCUCGGCCUGCAAGCAAGUCAUGCGCUUCGUCUGCCUGGGCGAUGACCUGGCCAGUCUCGAAGACCUAGAGACGGUAGAGGAGAGGAUGGAGCAAAAACAACGAGAUAAGCUCAGAAGGCUGGUGGAGAAGAGCGAGCUCAGGAACCAAGGGAAACUCCCGAGAGAUGGCUUGAUGGAGGGGUUGAGUUUUGCCGGCAACAAGAGUGCCAAGGGUGCGAAGCUACCAAUGGCAAACCUGAAAGAGGAGGUUGCCGCUCUGAAGCUGCAAACAGCAUGGCACUCUGUGCUCAAGGGCAGAAGUCCCAAAGCACGGCACCAGGGAUCGACGUCAUCAUCCAAGGAGGAGCCGAAAGCGGAAGUGACCGAGACACAAGUGACAGUGCAGUCCGAGCCGGAUAGCCCUGUUGGUGGCAUCGGCCAGGACGCGCAUGGCCCCUACUGCAAAGAGCCAUUAGAGGAGGACCCCAUGCCGCGGGACAGGUCUCAUGAUCCACCGGGUGACAGUCCAGAGGGACCUGCUGGAGAAUGAGCUGGCUGCAGCAGCGGCUGCGCCGGCCGCGCCCCUUUUUUUAGACGAAAUCUGCACGUUUCUUGCAGAAUUCAGGCCGUUUCACGGGCACCGACUGGUGAUUUUUUCAGAUUGUCAGAAUGACCAGUUGCUGGUUACCAGCUGAACCAGUUGAAGUCACGAAAGCUGGUCCACGUGCCAUUGUCACCUGUGAGAUGGAGCUUCCUAGAUGAAAGCUAACCCGUCUCGUGUUUAACGUCCGGGGGCUGAGAUUUGCUUAAAGCACUUGGCCCAACCUUUUUUUUGCCAUCCAAAAAAAUGUGGCUCAUAGCCAUGUCACAUCGCAGCUUUGUGUUCUGCAUGUUGAGCGUUUGAAC